AUGCCUCCGAGAAGACAAAAUCAAAACCGAGUAGAAGAGGAAGAGGAGGAGGAAGAACAAAGAGAUCCCACACCACCACCUCCACCUCCUCCACAGCAAGAGAGGAGAGUAGAAGAGCUCUUUCUACGACAAAACCCACCUACUUUCAGCGGAGCUGGAGACCCCGCUGAAACGGAAGAAUGGAUCAGAAGUAUGGAAAGAAUUUUUAGAUUCCUUAGAUGUAACGAUGUCGAGCGCCUCAUGUGCAUGUCUUACCAGCUCAAGGGGUCCGCAGAAUAUUCGUGGGAGGCCAAACAGAAAACUUUGACCCCAGAUCAAGUGAAUGAACUUACGUGGGAAAAAUUCAAGGCAGCUCUUUGUGAGAAAUACAUACCACGUAGCUAUCGCAAGAAGAAGGAAAUGGAGUUCGUAAGUUUGAAGCAAGGGAAUAAAACGGUAGCCGAAUAUGACCGAUUGUUCUGUGAUUUAGCUCGAUAUGCACCAUAUCGAGUAGAUACUGAUGAGAAGAUGUCAGAGUUGUUUUGUGCCGGUUUGAAGCAAGAAAUUCGAGUCGUUCUAGCAAGUCAGAGCGCACUUACUUAUGCUGAAGCACUAAACCGAGCACUGGACAUGGAGUUGGCAAUGCAACCAGAAAAGACGAGUCAACUCUCUGUACUCCAAGUGAACCCGAAUGCUCAAUCGGGGAGUCAAUCCUUUUAUGGGCAAGGACAGAAAGGUAAAAGAAAGUAG